CGGAACGAAAGGAAUAAACAUUGUUGAUACAUGAUCGGAUCGUCGCACGGAAAAUUUUUAUUGAGUAAUGAUGUAAACUUACUUCCUCCAAAAGAAAAGAAAGAUACUAUUUUUUUUCCCAAAUGGACUCAUUUGUUUUGCUGUAUGGUGUGACUUUUAUUCUGCUACAAAUAGGAUUUGGACACUCAGAUAUUAGUGUGAAAUUGCAUAACCUCACAUUUGGCCCCUACGAUGACGAGGAAGGUGAAUUUGGGUAUUCAUAUAUUGGAACAUUCAGUGGUUUGAUUCAAAUGGCAAACCCACCAGAUGCUUGCUUUGGACAUAAUAUGAACAGAAAUGGGCGCAACUAUUUUCUAUUGGUUGAUGAUGGUGGUGGAUGUAGUUAUUAUGAAAAGUUACAAAAUGCACAAGAAGCUGGAUAUAGUGUUGCAAUUGUCAGGAGUUUGACUUCUAAUAGCUUGACAACUAUGAAAGGUCCUCGUAUUGAUGUACUUGGAUUGUAUGUGGGAAAGGAUACUGGAGAAAUUUUACAAAAAUACAACGGUUCAACAGGAGCUAUUGUUAGCGUUCACGUGGAGCUGAAGUUUAAUUUGGAGAUAUACCUUAUUCCUUUAUUAAUCAUUAUUGGAAUAUGUUUUGUGUUAAUGAUUCUCUUUUUGGGUGUAAAAUAUUGGAGAACUAGACUGCAUGAGCGUCGAAAUCGUUUAACUCCGGCGAAUUUAAAGAAAAUACCAACAAAGAAAUUCAAAGAAGGUGAUGAUUACGACAUGUGUGCGAUAUGUCUGGAGGAUUACAAACCCGGGGAGAAAUUACGGCUGCUUCCUUGCCAACAUGCUUACCAUUGCAAAUGCGUUGAUCCCUGGUUGACGAAUGGUAAGAAAACAUGUCCAGUUUGCAAGCAGCAGGUGGAGAAAGAGGAGAUGAAGGACACUUCUCCAUCAACCAGCGUUCCCAUCGAUGUAACUGAAACAACGCCGCUGCUUGGUAACAAUGGACCAUCGACAAGUCACCAAGCCACUGACAACCGUACCUCAAGUACUGAACCCGCGUGAUUUUAAGAUAUGUUAUAUAAUAAUACACACGUUAAAUUUUGACUGAACUUUCAAAACUUCAAAUCAACCAAACCCUUCAAUGUACAAAAACGAUAAGACAACAAUAGUUACGUAGGAUUGCAUGGAGUUUUAAUUUGUGAUUAGCUUAGAGUUUGUAUGAUUAAUAUAUUGCCUUGAAUCUGUAGUCGAGGUUAAGGUUAAGCUAGAAAAAUUAUAAUGUUUGUAUAAAUGUUUGUAAGUAAUAAAGUUUAGAUUUCUUGAA